UCACCCGCCCCGGGCCGGCGCGGGCGCUGAGGCUCGAGGCGGGGCGAUGGCUUCCCCGCACCGGGCGGCCAGGCAGGCGGCCGCCAGUCUCCACCUGCCGGUAAAUCCCACCACCGGAGCAAGGGGCGCCCAGUACGAACACGAAGACCCCUUAGAGUCCUUGGUAGCAGCGGCGUUGGCGGCAGCCGUGGAGGAGGAACAGACAGGGAUGCGGCCGGCGCGGGCGUCGGCUGGUGGUGGUAACAGCUUUCCUAGGGAGAAUGAAGGUGUGACACUGCAGGACGUCAUGGACUUUUCUGAGAUUUACCACUCUAAUGAAGAGUAUUUCAGGAAACUAAGAGAGCUGAAGGCUGCCCAUGCAGAAACCAUGGCAAAAUUAGAGAAAAUGUACCAGGACAAGCUAAAUAUAAAAGACAUCCGGCCAGUGGUCAUCAGGGAAGAUUCUUCUAGUGUCUCCUCUGGUUCUGCAUCGGAAAAGGACUGCCCUCACCCUGUCUUGUUAGUGACAUCGUUUUCAGAGCCUGAGGUAGGCGGGUCACCCUCCUUGUCCACCACUUCUGACGAGGAGCUGCCCACCCUGGAGAGAGAGACUCCCAGGGGAAGCAGACUGACAGCCUAUGCCAAGGAGCUCAUCAACAACAUGUGGACUGGCUUUUCUGUAGAAGAUUAUAUUCAGCACGACUCUGACUUCCAAACAGCUAAGAAAACAAGGAAGAAACCCAAAGCCUGGGUGCCCACAAUUACAGUGCCCGUGCCCUUUCAGAUGACGCUCAGGGAGCAGAAGAGGAGAGAGGAGGCGCAGAAGGCCCGAGCGAAUCUGGAAAGGGACGGGGACGACGUCGACGACGCGGAGUGCAAGAGGAAAUUCCGAGCCAAUCCUGUCCCCCCCUGCCUGUUCCUGCCCCUGUAUGAGGAUCUGGUCAGGCAGAAGGAAGAGCAAAGGAGGACCGCCAGGGAGAGGAACAAAGCCGCGCUCCUGGCCUCCCAGAGGCCGUUCAAGUUCAUUGCCAGGGAGGAGCAGAAGCGGGCAGUCCGGGAGAAGCAGCUGAGAGACCUUUUUAAGUCUAAGAGGAAAACGAAGCGCUUUAAAGCCAGACCCAUGCCUCAUUCUAUUUACAGGUCGGCUUCCAGUGACAAGUCGAAGGAAGAAGAGCUCUUUCGGAACAUCAGGAUGCAGCUAAGGGCCCAAGAACUGCUACAGAAUCCAUCCUGGCCCUAUAGGCCAGCUGGCAGACCUUUCAGGGACCCCAGAAGUCCUGGAAAGCCACGGGGUAAACACAGGUGUAGGUGCCUGAGCCCUGAUGAUGGAGACUUGGCUGAGAACCGACGGAAGGAGCCCUCCUCAGAACACUGCUUCCUGAACCCCUCCACUCUUUAUAAACAGUGUGGUCUUCAGGAAUCCCCGUGUGACUCUGCUAAAAGACAGAAAGUCUUGGCAGACAUGAGAGCAGUCGAAGAAAAUCUGAAAGAAACAUGCUGGCCUUAUCUGUCUCCAAGGCGGAUGUCCCCGGUCAGAAGUCCGUGUGCAAAGCCCAGGCCUGGUCUGUGGAGCCCUCCAAUGCCUACCCUGUCUUCCCGAGGGCGGGAACAAGCCAUCAGAGAGAGUGAAAAGGCAAGGAUGAAAGAGUAUCGACAAGAACUGGAAGAAAGAGAUGAGAAACUUCAGAAGAGGCCGAUGCUGUUUGAAAGAGUUGCCCAGAGAAAUGCAAGAUUGGCAGCAGAAAAGCAUUAUUCUGACACCCUAAAAGCACUAGGCCUGUCUGAGGAGUUUGUUACAGAGAAAGGCCAAGGUGGAAAAGUGUCUGAGAACAUCACCAGGCCAGAGCCGAGAAGCCACACAUCGGAUAAAGAAAGCUCUUAUGAAGAAGAAAGAGAGAAUGAGGAAGAAAGCUCUUUUCUUGAUGCCAGCAGCCAGGACUCUCACAAGGAAAGCACGGGAGAUGUUAAAGAAAGCAGAGAAGGAAAUUCUGAAGAGUGAACCUGAGUCAAAGGCUUCCGCUCACGGAGCCCUUCCUUCCACACGCAGCCUCAGGACCUCAGCCCCGCACCGUGCUGCCCUGAACACAUGUGGGGACAGCUCCCACGCAUGCAGAGCCGCUGAACCAAGGCGUCCUGUCUGGAAAAGGCUGUGUCCACACAACGGCUGAUUUGAUUGCUAGAUUACAGCUUUGCUGUCUGCAGUUUUGAAAUUGCUAUGUGUGCUGUUUGUGAUUAUGAUUAUAUUUUAUUUUCAAAGUGUUUGAGGGUUGGAGAACCGCAGCUGUCACAAAUGGGUUAGUUAUGGAAAUGUACAUUUAUAUUUGGUAGGGAAAAGAGUUUGGUAUUGAGAGAACUAUUAGCUUUUGAAGAUCUAUUUUUAAAUUUACUAAGUAUUUUCAAUUUUUUCAAAUAAUAUACAGAAAAAAUAGGUACUUAGAAGUGUACUGCUAAAUUAUCCAUACCAUGGCUACUUUUUCUUUUUUUGCCCUUUUUUUGUGGAGAUUAAAUCCAGGGUUCACAUAUACUUUAACAUGAAUUCUACCAUUGAGCUGUACCCCUAAUCCCCUCAAAUCUUUUUUGAUAGGUAAAGUAUUAAAAUAAUUUAUCUUACUUUGUAUGUAUGUAUUACUGCACAUGGAAUAAUUAUGGCAUUUGCGUGUGGUAAUCUUUUUGUUUCUUUGUUUUGGUUUUUGGUUUUUUGAGACACGGUUUCUCUAUGUAACAGCCCCGGCUUUCCUAGAGCUCGCUUUGUAGACCAGCCUGGCCUCAAACUCAAGAGAUCCACCUGCCUCUGCCUCCCGAGUGCUGGGAUUAAAGGCGUGUGCCACCACUGUUCAGCAUGUGAGGUAAUCAUAAUUGAGAUAUAUAAGUCCCUGUUCUCAAUAUGCUGAAUUUGUGAUCCUAACUUGUCAAAGGAAAAUCCUAAAAGUAGCUCAAGUUUAAUUUUUGUAUUGCUAACUUACUGUGAUUAACUUUGUAUACACUGUUACAAACUUACUGUCUCUGUUCAAGAUUUAAUUUGAUCUUGAGUCAUUUUUCCCUCUUUAAGCACAUUUUUGUUUUGAAAAUUCAAACUAAUCUUUAAAAUGCUACAAGGUAAGACAUUGCCAUUCUGACAAUUAGCUUUACAAAGGACUAGAAAUAAAGGUGGGCGACAACA